CAUGUGUGUAUGGGCUUGUGUACCAAGCUUACUUUAUCCAACUUGUAUUUUCAAGUGGUACAGGAGUCAAGUUGCCAUGACAUCCUUUCUUCUUCUUCCGCGUUCCCCCCUCCUCCCUAGUUGGGAGAUUCUUUUCCUUGCUGAACCAGCCCUAAAAACACGACAUCAAGACAAGGAACUGAAGUCUUGGCCCUGAAACAAGUAAGGUGUCCCUCCCAGGGUUGGCAAUCUCUUAGACAAAGCUUGGUGGCUGAGGAUAGCUGAGUAUCCGCGACACCGUCGCCGAGCAAGUGAGUUGUGCACGACCCCCCUGUUCCCAUGGCAUCAAUUUAGUUGGACUGAAGGUCUCCUCCCUUGUCCUUUGUAAUUUCGAUUUCUACUUCUCUUUCUUUUCUUUUGCCCGCUUUUACUCCCUUCACCAUUCAACAGGCCAUCUAAGUCUCUUGUCGGCCAGAGACCAGCUUCAAGACCCCGCCGGCGCCUCAGCCUACGAACCUAACAAGCUGAGCCCUUGCGACCGCUUACCGAAGCGUUGCUGGUACUUCGAACUUGGGAGCUUGGACUUCCCUGUUUUGUAAUUGGGGACCCCAGGUUGCGAAAGCUUACAUGUUUAUAGGUUAACGACUUAACCGCUGCUUAUAUUUGCGACUGAAAACGACGGAAUAACCUGUCUACUUGUUCGAUAUGGACUCCCACGAAGCGCAGGGCUAUGCGCACGGCGACCAAAAUGUCCAGGACCGCAAUCCUCAUGCCUCCAGCUCCCAAUGGCGUCAUCAAGAGUCGCGAGCCUUCGCCAAGUACGAGGCCGAGAGAGCCCAGCCCCAGGCACCAUCCCGCCACCACCAUCACCCCUCCAUAGCGCGGGAAGCAGACGCACGCGGCAACGUGAACGACCUGGCCGAUUUCCUCAACAAGUCGCGUAUUUCUCCCAAGGAGGCUGACACUCGCCCUCCUACCGAACCAAAGUUCAAGCCUGUGGUGCUGGGCGCUACAGAAGCGAGGGAGGUUCUCAAUGGCGAAAAACACGUGGCCGACGCAUUGGCUCCGGAGAGUGUACCCAACGACAAGGAGGUCGCGGUAGGGCCUUUGAUUAACUAUCGCCGCAUGGAGGGAAAUCAAUGGGUUGGCAGUGUCCUAAUUGUGACCCGCGGGGGCGGCAGAGAACAGUCCUAUAGGCCAAGCUUGUUCUUGAGAAAGGCUGCUAUGGUCAGUAUGCGCAAUGGCAAUGGCGCCGCCAAUGGUCACAGCAGUGGAUCCAGAGUCAGUGAAAGUCAAGGUAUCUGUCUUUAUUCGGACUGGCGCAACACUUUCUGGAGGUUCGAUUUGCACCUGGAGAUGGAACCCUAUGAAACCAAGUGGGAAUAUUGGCUGUCGGAUUACCUUGUCUUUGCUAGCAACACAAAGCCAAAAGUGAAUGCCUUCUUCGUGCCCGCGAUCACGGAAUCGAUGAGAAUCAUGUUCCACUCCUGCAACGGGUUCAGCGUCGGUACAGAUGAGGAGGACUGGAGCGGCGCGUGUUUGUGGAACGACGUUAUGAGACGCCAUCAAGAGGCACCGUUCCAUGUGAUGAUCGGUGGCGGCGACCAGAUCUAUAACGACGGCGUUCGAGUCUCGGGGCCUCUUCGCACAUGGACCAGCAUCAGCAGCCCCAAGAAACGGAGAAACUUUCCAUUUCCCGAAAGUCUCCGCGCCGAGUGUGACGACUACUAUUUGAACAACUAUAUCCGGUGGUAUGGGACCGAGCCAUUUGCAGGUGCGAACGGUCAGAUCCCUCAGCUAAACAUUUGGGAUGAUCAUGAUAUCAUCGAUGGCUUUGGAUCUUAUGUGGACGACUUUAUGAAAUGCGAUGUCUUCCGAGGAAUUGGUGGCAUUGCCCACAAAUACUACAUGCUUUUCCAGCACCAUCUGCCACCUCCAGCUUCGACAUAUACCUCGGACACCACGUCUAAAGAUCAGGAUGAAGCGGGUCAGGGGCUUGACCCCAAUCAAAUGGUUGCGGCUUACGUACACCCAGCCAUGACAGAACCUAACUACAUUGUUGGAUCCUCUCCCGGUCCGUACGUUGCGGAACAUUCACACAAUAUGUUUACAAAGUUGGGCGCCCGAAUAGCAUUUUUGGGUAUCGACGCUCGAACAGAACGCACGAGACAUCAAGUCAACUACCCUGAGACAUAUGAGGCCAUCUUCUCCCGCUUGAGGCAGGAGCUUAGCCAUGCCAUACAAACCGGAGAGCCGUUUAAGCACUUGAUUCUUCUUUUGGGGAUUCCCAUUGCAUACCCUCGCUUGACAUGGCUUGAGAAUAUUUUUGCCAGCCCCUUGAUGGGACCAGUAAAGCUGCUGAAUAGGCGCGUUGGCUUUGGUGGCAGCUUCUUCAACUCCUUUGAUGGAAGUGUUGAUCUGCUAGACGAUCUCGACGAUCACUAUACAGCCAGAACCCACAAGCGCGAACGCAACGGUCUGAUCCUCAAACUGCAACAGAUCGCCGCCGAGUUCUCGGUGCGCGUUACCAUCCUAGGCGGCGACGUGCAUCUGGCAGCACUAGGAAGGUUCUACUCGAACCCCAAGCUCAACAUUCCGCUGGAAGAAGACUACCGCUACAUUGUCAACGUCAUUUCCUCCGCCAUCGUGAACAAGCCGCCCCCAGCGGCCGUUGCCAACCUGCUGGCGCGCCGAAACAGAAUUCACCACCUCGACCACGACACUGAUGAGACGCUCCUGAAGAUCUUCGACAAAGACCCCGGCGACAGCACGAAGACAGCCAAGCACAACCAGGUCACCAUGCCCAGCCGCAACUUUGCCGUCAUCACCGAGAACUCACCCAACAACGGGACUCAUUCUCAAAACGGUAAUGACUUUCACACUUCCUCUCCUCCCCCACAGUCCACUCCCGGCGAAACCUUCCCCGGCCACAAAGACGGCCGCUACGCGCUCGGUAAGGGUGAGGUCAACGCCGGCACCAAGCACAAGGCCGCCGACCCUGCCGAGCAUGGCACGGGAAGCGACGGUAGUCUGGAUGUGUGCAUCCGCAUCGAGAUCGACCAGCAUAACCCGGAGGGACGUACGGAGGGUUAUGGAUUGACGAUUCCAACGCUGAGCUACAAGGGCCCGAGACCGCCAACGAUUGCGCCGCCGCCGGGCAGCGCGGGGAGUAGUGGGUCGAGAGGCACGGGUGGUACGGGAGGGUCGGAUGUGCCAGAGGUGCCGGAGAUCCCGGCGGGGGUGAGGUGAGAGGUGAGAGGUGACGUGAGGAGGACGGAUGAAUGAGUGAGAUUUUUCGCAUUCAUUCACUCCCUUUACGCUGGGGCAGCGGCUGGGAAAUGUUUAAUGGUAAUCGAUGAGAUGGAUGUGUGCGAUCGGUGUCACUGUUGGUCAUUCAUCGGUGCAAGCCUCUAUGGUAGUAGCCUGCGCGUUGGAUGAGGGAGUGGCAGUCAAAACUGACGGUACACAUCCUAUCCCCAUGUUCGCAAUCGUUUUCUACGUUUAUAUACCCAUGUAUAUCAUAAUACCCAAUAAAACGGUAAACCUUGCCAUCAUCCAUUUUCAUUAUUGUGGCCAGCUCUUCCCAUUCCAAAUGACCCCGAGGAUUGUAAGGAUAGGCUCAACACCUCACGGUCAAUAGAUCAAACUCCGGGGAUACUCUAUUAGUCAGGCAUCUAAGCGUCCCUGUUAAACAUUUGG